AACUUGCGCGGCUUAUAUAUAUAGCCGUCGGCAAGCAAAUUUAGUUCGCUCUCCAAGAAUCCAAGAUACCGGCACCAUCCAUAGCACCGUGCUGCAGAAGGUACAGCCAGCCUCGAGGUGAGCCAUGUCGCUGUCGUCCAGCACCAACUCGCUGCCCUACUCGACGGACAAGGGCGGGUACAGCACCCACGACACGCUCGUCCUCCUCGGCAUCGGCUUUUGCGCCACCGCCGUCUCCAUCCUCAUCAUCGUGCUCUGCGAGUGCCUGUGCUGCCGCCGCCGCCGCGCCGGGGGCACGGUCGUGUACGUGGCGGCCCGGCCCUUCUUCCUGCACGGCGGCGACGACGACGGCGACGGCGGGCUGACCCCCUCCGCCGUCGCCGCGCUGCCGUCGUUCGUGUUCCGCAGGGGCCUGGUGGCAGGCGGCGCCGGCCGCGGCGAGGGAAGCGGCAGCGGCAGCGGGCGCGGGUGGGCGCAGUGCGCGGUGUGCCUGAACCUGGUGCAGGAGGGGGAGACGGUGCGGCGGCUGCCGGCGUGCGCGCACCUCUUCCACGUCUGCUGCAUCGACAUGUGGCUCCGCUCCCACUCCACGUGUCCCCUCUGCAGGGCCGCCGUGGAGCCAACCAAGGAGCCGUCUUCAAAGGACCUGGCGCCUCCGGUGUAAAUGCAAGCAUCGCAGUUAGUCAGUGAAAAUGUGAAAUAACACACCGUUUUGUGUACUAAUCAAGUAAGAUUUAGUGUAUGCGUUACAUGCGUAUUGUCAGGUAUAAAAGUUUGGUUUCAAUGUUUGGAACAUGAAUUUUGCUUGACAAUCAUAUAUGAAUUUGUUUCUUUUUGAUAUAAAUGGC